AUGCCUUUCGGGCUGAAACUGCGACGGACCAGACGCUACAACGUCUUGAGCAAGAACUGCUUUGUGACCAGGAUCCGUCUGCUGGACAGCAAUGUGAUCGAGUGCACCCUCUCUGUGGAGAGCACAGGGCAGGAGUGCUUGGAAGCUGUUGCUCAGAGGCUGGAAUUACGUGAGACUCACUACUUCGGCCUUUGGUUUCUCAGCAAGAGCCAGCAAGACCGCUGGGUUGAACUGGAAAAACCUCUGAAGAAGCAGCUGGACAAAUUUGCCAAUGAGCCUUUGCUUUUCUUUGGGGUAAUGUUCUAUGUGCCCAGUGUUUCCCGACUGCAGCAGGAGGUAACAAG